GCUGUUUUUCUUAGGUAGCCUGUUAAAAUGCCCGAACACAAAACACUUCUUUUUCCAAGAUGGCGUCGAUGAAGGACAGCGACACCGGCCUGUGGCUUCAUAACAAACUAGGAUCAACAGACGAGCUGUGGACGCCUCCGAGCAUCGCCUCUCUCCUCACGGUGUCGGUCAUCGACAACAUACGGUUAUGUUUUUCGAGCCUGUCGCCGCCGGUGAAGCUCAAACUGCUGCUCGGGAUGCUUCAUCUUCCCAGGCGGACUGUUGACGAGAUGAAGGAGGCCCUGUCUGAGAUCAUCCGGCUGGCUACCGUAGAUUCAGAGCCCUGGGUGCUGAUGGUUGCAGACAUCCUCAAGUCCUUCCCAGAGACCGGAUCUCUCAACCUGGACUUGGAGGAGCAGAAUCCCAACGUGCAGGAUAUUCUCGGGGAACUCAGGGAGAAAGUGGGCGAGUGUGAGACAUCAGCCAUGCUCCCUCUGGAAUGCCAAUACCUGAACAAGAGCGCCCUGACCACCCUGGUAGGACCCCUCACACCCCCCGUCAAACAUUUCCAGCUCAAGAGAAAGCCGAAGAGUGCGACUCUGAGAGCAGAACUACUUCAGAAAUCGACAGAAACGGCCCAGCAGCUCAAGAAGACAGCCGGAGUGCCUUUUCACGCCAAAGGGAGAGGACUGGUUAAAAAGAUCGAUACUACAACUCCUCUCAAAGGGAUUCCCAAGGCCCCGUUCCGCAGCCCCACAGCUCCCAGUUUAUUCAGCCCUCCCAGUAACCGCACCCCCAUCGCUCCCCCACGGACUCCACUACGGAAAGAAAGAGGGGUCAAGCUUUUAGAUAUUUCCGAGUUAGACAUGGUGGGAGGUGGAAGAGAGGCUAAAAGGAGAAGAAAAACUUUGGAACCAGAAGCGGGAGACAAAAACGCCAAAGAAGAGUCGGUGGUGGAGAACACCACCCCAGAUUAUGCUGCUGGCCUCGUCUCUGCACAGAAACUCGGGGCACUAAACGAGAAUCCCCUGCCCUCUACCAGCUACCUACCAGCCACGCCCAGCAUGGUUCCCUCUUCCUCUUACAUUCCCAGCUCCGAGGCACAGCCAGCCAAUGCUGGUGGUUCUGGGCGGGACACGCUGCAGGCAGCUCGCCAGCCGGAAGAGUCCACCACAGCGGCGGCCGGUGGCGGCUCCGCCUUACCGAACCAGUACAAGCAGAGGACGCCUAUGUACAACGCCGGCUCCACCACGAACCCUGCCACCCCCACGUCCCCCAGCACGCCCACCUCCACUCCUGCAAACAACGGGCCCCCCGCAGCUGCAACGGCCAGCCAACCAGAGACGCCCACCCAGCCUCCCAGCACCCCUCAGACACCUACGCCUACACCAGCACAGCCACAGCCCAAAAAGAACCUCUCGCUCACGAGAGACCAGAUGUACGCCGCUCAGGAGAUGUUCAAGACGGCCAACAAGGUCACCAGACCAGAGAAGGCUCUCAUCCUGGGUUUCAUGGCUGGAUCCAGAGAGAACCCGUGCCCGGAGCAGGGGGACAUCAUCCAGAUCAAGCUGAGCGAACACACCGAAGUUCUGCCCAAAGCCGACGGCACAGGCAGCACGACCAUGCUGGUGGACACGGUCUUCGAAAUGAACUAUUCCACGGGACAGUGGACCCGCCUCAAGAAAUACAAACCCAUCACCAACACUUCCUGAGGGGACCCGGCGCGCUCCAAAACCCACCCCCUAAAUUAAUGUGUUUAUAUACAUACACAUCUGGGCCAAACGGAGCUCCAGCGGGUUGUCAGGGAGAGAAAGAUCCUCCCUUUUACCUCAUGGCCAAGAUGGAAAGCUUCCUUGUUCUCUUUUCCCUCCUUUACCCUUUUAUUGUUCGUUUUAAUGUUGGUAGGGGGAGGUUAUGGCUGGCUCUGUUAUGGCAGGCACCUUUUCAGCAUCCGUUGAGGCAAAAGCCGCCUGGGUUAUGUAAUAGGAUUAUUGUCAGCUCCUACCCAUCAAGUUUGAAUAAUUAAUUUUGACAAAACAUUAAAGGUGACCAAAAAAAAAGAAAAAAGCAGACCCAGUUAAUGCUGUCAAAUGUUUGGAGCCUUCUGGCUGAUGUCAAUUAUUUUUCAGCCUUUUUUUUGUCUUUUUUUUUCAAUUUGGGAAGAAAAAAAAGUGACAAAAUACUUUUUGCUCCUUGUUAAUUCCACCUCAUAUAACUCAAAUAUGUGAAGUGUAGUUUUGUUUGUUCUAAGCUGAAUCACGCUGGACUAGCUGAGCAGCAGUACAGUGGUUCUCAAGCAGUAGAAGGCCUGUUUUUUGUUCUGUAAAAAGAAAAAAAAUGACAUGGUUCAUCAUUUCGAGUUUUUUUUACUCUCAGAAUGUGACAUUUAUCCUGUACAGUUCAAAAAAACAAACUCAGUUUGCUAGUCAAAAAAGAAAAGAUAUCAAACAAAAUAAAAAAAACUUUAACCUG